AUGACGAUAAUAAGAACUUUAUUCGUUUAUUAUUCUUUCCUAUUUAUUCUGGUAUUAUGUUCUUCGAAAGACACUGAAGUAAAUAAUGGAGAGAAAGUGAAUAUUGUUGCAUUCGGUGAAGGACGAUGCUCGGAUACUUCAUUUUGGAUGAAAUGGCAUUGGCUUCCAAUGUGGAGAAUGUUGGGUUCAACAGGAAGAAUAAACUUCGAAUACCAUCCAUACGGAAUUAAGACAACUUGUGUUGAUUCGGAUUCUGGAGAUGAUGUUGUUUGUGAAUGCCAUCAUGGAGCACGAGAAUGCCUUCUCAAUCAGCUUCAGGCUUGUGUCAUAGAAGCACUUCCCAAUUUCGAAGAGUAUAUGGAAGUUGUUACAUGCAUUCAAGGAAAACAGAAUAUAAGCAUGGCUGCGGAAGCGUGCUUCAAUGAACCAUCAAAAUUAGAAAGGGCAAAAAUGAUGAGCUGUGCUGACAGUCGACACGGAAGAAAACUAUUCAGUGACCAUGAAAACUUUGUGGCCCAAAUGGCUCCAGAAAUGGAUUGGGCUCCAUGGAUUUUAAUCAAUGGCAAACGUUAUAAGGAAGCUGAAGAAGAUUUAUGGCAGUUUCUAUGUGACCGCUUCAUUGAUCCGCGUCCGAUUCAUUGUCCAAAGAAGAUCAUUUACUAG